UAUCCUAAGUUCUCUGUCGUGUCGACUUGCUGCUCAGCACUCCGAGACUUAGAAAGUACCUGCACACUGGAGGUUCCUCUGCUCUUGCUGGUCCAGUGCUUUUCCCAAGACGGGUUCUGUGAUCCUGUGCUCAGAAUGAACCUGAAGGCCCCAAAAUGUAGUUUCCUGAUCCAGAUGCUGUGCUUCUCUUCUGAGUAAUGGUCCAGCAGGCAGGAUGCUGAGCAUGGCACGGCCAACACAAAACUCUGCUGGAGCAUUGAGCAGGCUGCAGAGUCAGGAUGGUUGCUUACCUGAAAAUCUACGUUGGAAUUCAAGAGCGUGGGCAUAAACCCAGGCUAAAAAACUCUGCUAAAACACACCUGAAAAGUAUUUGUCUGCAGUAUCUGCUUCUGAACAGCCAUUGCUUUUGCCUUCUAAAGAAUGGAAUGGGACUAAUCAUCUUCUUCCUAUGUGCUUAUGUACCAAAGACAGAAGCCAGUCGUUGCAAGUGGGCAGAAGUUCUGGAAGAUUUGAGAAGGAUCAAGACAUCCAAAGAUAUUGAUGUCAGUUUAUACACUGCAAACACAGAUGAGGAUGAAGAAUGCCAAGAACUUGUAAUGAGGUGCUUUUUCUUAGAGACAGAAGUGAUAAUUCAAGAAUGUCGUAUCAAAAAUUGUAGUAAAAUACAGGAUGUAUGGAACAUAUGGAAAAAUGGAAAUGACAGCUUCGAAAAAAAUAAGCUUCCCUAAUAAAAGAAGGGCAAAGAGAAACUCCUGAAAAUGUGGGCUGAAGACAAGACAGCACCAGAAGCAGAACCCAAAGACCUGUGGAUCUCAGAGAAUGAAGCUUUCUGACCUUUUCCUGGCAGAGCUGUGGCAGAUGUGGUGGUGGGACAGUAUCUGCUCUGGAUUUGGGCUAUUUAUAUGGGCUGCUAUUCCCUUCUUUAUCCUCACAUAAGCAGCAGCAGAUGGGGUAAGGAUGAAUUGUUCAGAUCAUGGCAGUCAAUCUUUGUCACCUCAGGCACAAGCUAAACAUGCAGCUUGAAGCACCUACAGACUGAGGCUGAAGAAAAGUAUGACAUGCCCUGGCUUGGGCAAGCUGUGUGUAUAUACAAGAUGCUGUUUGCAUCCUGCAAUCCUGUUAACUGUCCUUGUUUUAACUUUGCAGAGGCUGACUACUGAAGCAGUAGUGCAUGGAAAUUUGAGAGCAGCUGUAUCACAUUUCAGGCCUUGAAGGCAAGUGUGCAUACAAGUGCUGUUAUUCUUAGAACAUGCUAUCUUAGAAAGUUCAGCUAGGACACCUAUAAACAGAUGUCAUACUCUUCAGAGUUGCAGAGAAUUCCAGGUGAAUCCAACCUGUCCCUCAGUUUCUGCCCUGUCAGUCUUCCCAUCUAGGGAAUCAGCUGAUUCACCCCAAACACAGGAGAAUAUGUAGGUAAAACUUGUUGGCUUCUAAUUCUCUCAGACCUUGUUUCCCACCUGUUUAGUUUUUGAGUCUUUCCCUCUUGUCUCUGGCACUUACAGCUCUGCUUCAUAAUCUGCCAUUCCCCAGUCUGUCCAAGCACAGUUUCAGGACAGGCACAGAAAAAUCUCAUCAAAUCUGAAGCAGGAGUUAGUCAGGCAUUAGCUUGAGAAACUCUGGAAAUUCUCAAUAUUCAUCAUUGAACAUAACACUUCUCUGAAGGGGAAAAAAAGACAGUGAGAUACAAGAAACUGUUCCUUUUGUGGAGGGGAUAAAAGGGACAAAAUUAGCAGUAAUGACUCCACAGUACUUUGAAUAUUUAAAAUGCUAUAUACUUCAUGCAUUUAUGAGGUUGAUUACAAAAAUCACAAGAACAAGUAAUAGGAACGUGGAGGGCAGACUAAUCUUGAAACUUGGGAGUCAAAUUCCAAAUGCCUACAAAUGUUUGAGCCUUGAUUUCCACUGUCUCCUGUGAAUUGACUCAGCCCAGAACCAUCAGGACUACUUGAACAAAGAAUUAUUCUCCCAUUUAAUAGUGAUUACAUAUUAUGUGCUGUAGUUAUUGCUGCUUUACUUCUAUAAUUAUGGAGGCAUAGUCACGAAUAUAAAAUUCACAAUUUGUGGUGAUGAUCUGUUUUGAGCUAAUGGGCUAAAUUCAAACAUAGCUGUGUCCAGGUUUCCACAACAACCUUCUAAACUUCAGUAUUAGUAGAACUUACUGUUCAUUACCUACAAAUGCCCACAACUCAUUUAACCCACAUAAGUGAUACAGACGUUGGACAUUACUCUCCUCUAUUCGAAAACUGCACUACUUGCCAUAGAGCCACAUAAAUUAUAAAUCGUAGUUGAUCUCUCAAUGGUCUUAAAUUCUACUUGUAUCAGGGGACUCCCUUUCAGAAUAAAGAAUAGUGCUUCUUGCUGUUGUCAGUUCUGAUAGUAUAGCUAAGAGUCUUGGUGGUGUUAUUUUUUGAAUUGUGACAGGCCUGAGUACGAAAAGGAAAUACAAUGGAACCAUAAUGAUGUUACUUAUUUUGUAUUGACACAGCACUCAGAAGGCAAGAAAAAGAAGAGGCAUGUUCUGCUGGGCAUUGCACAAAGACAACAAAGGCAGACAGUGACUGUCCUGAGGAGAUUACAGCCUCAGUAAAAUUUACAAAGAGUAGGCAGUAAAUGACCAAUACUGUGAUUCUCUUUCUGGGUUCACUGAUAAAUGACUUCAUAUGUGACCUAAAUUAUUUUAUUUGACAAAGAGAUAUUUCAAAUUUCUAACACAAAGAAUGACUUUUGAUAAUCCAGCAAACCCUAAACUUCAAGCCUCAGAUGACAUAUAGUAGUAAAAAUCCUGUUUCUCAUACAGAACAAUUACUGUAUCUUCCGGCUUACAUUCAAUGAUGAAUAUCUGGGAGCUGUGCUUAAAACAACUUGUUUAACACCCUCACCCACCUUGCAUGCCUUCCAUGAUUAGCAGACCAGAAGGGGCCCAACACGAAAAAGUUAAUAGUCCAUUCCUGGCAUCCCUGUCCAAAAGAGACAAAAUCAGGCCAAAAGGAACACUGCUAGUCUUAGCAAUGCACAUAUAUCUGUAAAAAAAAACUUUCUAUCCCUUUUCUGUUACCCCUAGUAUUACAAACAGCACUGCUAGUCCAAUAAAGGCCAUGUUUUUUUUGAAGUGCAAAUAGAGAAAGAUCAGAUAUUUUUUGUACACAGAAUUUCAUCAAUCUCCUGUGUAAGAGGAAAAUGGCUAAUACUGCAGCUGCAGCCAGAUUCCAGUGCUGUUAAACUUCUUGAAGCUCACAAUUACCCCAAGGAAAUUUUUGUUUUUCCAGUUUCAUAAAUCUCUGUUUUCUUUAUGAACAACAACCAAACAACAACGUGAGCAGCUGAGCCUGAGCAUGCAACUUUACAGUCAGCAGGAACUUUGCCAAUGACCUUCAUGAUCCCAGGAGGAAUAAAACCAAUGCAUACAUGAAUUCCCAUGCUUUUCACUCUUCACCUCUUGUAUCUCCUUAAAUGCUGUACAACUCAGAAAUAUUGAUUUCCCUCAAUGCCUAGGUCAGCGUCUGUUAUGAUUUAAUUAAAAGCUUGCUCUGAGGGGAUUUCUCUCUGUGAUGAUAUCCUUCCUCUCUGUUAUUUCUCUUCUCGCUUCUUAAACUGAAUGAAGCAGUAAGCUUCAGACUUUUAAAAAUAAAAUUUUCUAUUAAUUUCAUCAUUAUUAAAUCAGAUUUAAUUUUCUACAUAUGUUGAUUUCUCUCAGAUGAAUCCUUACUGAAGAGUGAGUUUCUUCCUUUGACUUACCUGCUUCUUAUACCUACACACAGCUUAGUCACAUUUAGGGGUAAUUAAAAAUAUUCCAGUCUAAUUCUGCAGCACUGAGCAGUUUGUGAAACAUGAAAACUUUCUAAUUUGCACUAUUUUAUCUCUCAACUCAAUUACUCUGUUUUAAAAUAUGUUUGACCAUUUUCCUGAUAUCAAAUCAUCAUAUCAAAGCAUCAAAUUCAAAACUGUGAUGGGGCUGUGAAUAAGCUGUACUGCUUUGCUUUUCAUGUGCCCAGAGCCGAAUUCUUUAGAAGGUCCCAUUUUCACAGUCAGGCUUAGCCUCUGCCCUAAUUUAUGCCAUCAAACACAGCUGAGACAAAUUCAACAUAAAAUCUUUAUUUUAUCCCUUUUGAAAAAGCAGUGUGGGAGAAAAUUAGAGGACUGCUUAAGUUAUAACAUAAUAUUUCUCAUCAAGACAAGCUGCAUCAGAAAGUUUUACAGUCAAAUCAAAAAUCAAACUACCAAAAUAUCUCAUACUCCUUCUUUAUGGAAUGUUGUCACCUGAAGCAAAGAGCUACAAUGAUUUUCACAUUUUAAAAGAAAAUAAAAAAAUAUUUUAAACUGGAAUAUAACGGAAAACCCUCAAUAUCUCUCUACCCCAUUGCCAAAUGUUUUAAUUAAAGUUUGUAGAACAAAUUGUAAAAAAAAGAAUUGUUUUCUCUGGAAGUCCUAUGAAAUGGUGUUGAACCAGAUAGCAAUUUCUAGGGUUUGUUGGUUCUUUUACUACAAGUGUUACUUUUUCUCUGUCACUAAAUAAAAUCAAUUGAUUAAAGUGUA